AUGGACGACAGCAACGAUAAUGCACACGCCGAGGCAAGCACUGGGAAUUCGAAUGCAGCCAACAACGCUGUAGUCGGCCAUGAAUCACAGCAGCAGCAGCAGCAGCAGCAGGAACAGCAGGAAGUAGGGCACGAGCAGGAGGUGCAUAUCACGGGUCAGACGAAGACUGACAUUGUGUCAGGAACAACCACAGCACGUACCGACAAGGGCAAGGAACCUGACCUUGGCGCCCCAGCAGCCGGCAAUGCGGCUGAGCCAGGCGGUAACGACGAGUUCAGCUGCAACAUCUGCUUUGACUCGGCGACCGACCCGGUGCUGACAAUAUGUGGGCAUCUGUUCUGCUGGUCAUGUCUGGUUCAGUGGCUCGACCGCAGCGCGACCUGCCCGGUGUGCAAGGCUGGGUGCGACAAAGACAAGCGUCCGCCGCCGCCGCAGAGGCAGCCGAACCAGUUCUUUGGAUUCGAUCCAUUUGGCGUGCCUGGCAGUUUCCAUGGCGCCGCGAGGGGUGGCAACUUUGUGUUCACCUGGCGGCUUUGGCUUCUUGCCGACGCUGAUGGGCUUCUCGCGAACGGCAUGCACGGUGUUGCCAGCGCGGGCCAGCCUGUGGGCCAGCAGGCCUUCAUUUCGCGCGUAUUUAUGAUGAUAGCGGCCAUGAUUCUGGUGAGCAUUCUGUUCUACUAA